UCGUAAAAUUAAAGUGAAUUCUGUAGUUAAUGUUAUAUUUGUGGAUAGAUAAUAUUAAUUUACAUAAAUCCGACUGUUUUUUUUAUCAGUUAUAGCAGAUUUUUUAUUUUUAUUUUUCAAUUUAAUCGAGCGAGCGAACCCGUUAAAAGGAAUUAAAUUUAAAUUACCGCAAGGUUCUCAUGUUGUUUUGGUGACAAAGGUGAUAAUUCGUCUAAAAACGUUGCUGAUAAGAAGGUUCAUCGCUUACACACCAAAUCAGACAUUUUGAGCUUGAAAAAUUUUCACCGGUGUACGUCUCUACAAACGAACGAACGAAGCAUUGAAGACGCUCGGCUCUCGCCACUUCAGUUGUUGUCGCAACGAUAAGUGUUUUUCUUCCUUACCUGAUCCGACACGAUACGAUACGUUUAAAAGUGCUCUCCACUCCAACAUACAUACUCAUAAUAAUCGCAAACGCUGAAAAGAAAAAAUGAGUGUCAAAGGCAUUCCGUAUUUUCGUUUGAGCUUGUGACAACAAGAAUAAACUUUGAAUUCACGCUCACCGCUAACAACCGACACGAAAACAGUUGAAGAUAUUUAAUGAAGGCGUUUCAAACAUUGAGAGACAUUUUCAUUUUGGUGUGGUUGUUUAUUUGUGUAAAAGAAUUUUGAUUCUUUCCAAUCACUUUUGUGUGCUUACUUCUUCGUAUAAACACUUCUUCAGUUCAUUUACGUAAUUGUAAAACAGCGGAUGCGAUACGGUUUUUUUCUGUUUUGUCGUAAUUACUUAGUCGCCCGAUGCCGAGGAAAAAUAAGCGAAAAAUCUUUGGGAAGAGCAAUAAAAAUAAAUCAGUGAAAUGGAAUCGAGAUGUGUCGUCAACAGAAACUCAGCAAAAAAUCGAGCAACAUGAAGAUGAUGAUUCAGAAGAGAAUUGCGAUAAUAUCGACAAUGCAAGUGGCAAAAACGAAGACGACGUUGAAAUAAAAGAUGAAUUAAUUGCGGGUAAUUCAUUAAACGUUUAUGACUCACCGCCAGCAAUGGGACAGAUUGAAUCGGUCGCGACAAAUAUAAACUCGAAUACGGUAACAAAAGAAGUGGAAAAUCAACAACAACACAAAGCGACAAUCACAUUGAAAGUCAUCCAGUUCAUUGGAGAGAUUCCAAAUGUGUCAACCGAUAAUGAUGAACCAACUUUGGAAGCUAAAAAAGCACUUUCGGAAGAAAGCAAUCAAAUUAAAAAUGACGAAACAUUGAAAAAUGAGACAUUUGUCAUUGAAAACGUUGUCACUGUGAUAAAAGAGAAAGAAUUGCCGCAUAGUAAAUGUGAUGUAUUUGGUAAUGUGCCAAAAUUAGAUGAAAACAAGGAAGAUAAAAUUUUGCGCUCUUUUGAUGACAAUUAUCGAGUUGAAUCACCAAAGCAGAGUUGGAUUGAAGAUGAUCCAAAUGAACAACGAAAUAAACGACACGCAAUGCUAAUUCAGGAAAUUAGCGAGAGUAGCUCGUCGGAAGAAGUGAAACAAUUUCUAGAUAAUGAAGCAUCAGCUCUUGAAAUGAAAACGGAUGCUUCACGAGGCAAAAUUUAUCGUGUUGAUUCGCCUGAAAGUUCAGAUGACAAUAACAACAACAUCAUCAUGCUAUGUCAAGACAAUGUCACAGUACAUGAGAUUAGUGAAAGCAGUUCAUCGGAGAGUGUAAAAAAUGAAAUUUUAGCAUCAAUUUCAAAGUCGCCACCUCCACAAAAAGCAUGUUUGAAGAUCAUAAACAUCAAAGAACUUCCAUCGGAAGACAGCAAGUCAUCAACUUCAACGCCAUCAAAAAUUAGCAUAACUCAAUUUGAGUGUAGAGCGGAGAAGAAAUUGAACAAAGCUGAAGAGGCGAUUCUCGAGAAUUUAUAUGGCAAUAAAAAUUUAUUACAGAUCCCAAAUUUGCCACUUGACGUUAUUUCAGAGGAAGGCAGUGAUUGUGGAAGUGACAUUGAUAAGCAAGCGUCAAAUAAAGCAAUCGCCGAUGAACUUGAUGAUGAAGUCUUUCUUCCAUGUUCAUCGUUGGAUUCUUCAAAGAAACCACCGCCAAGUAGCCGUCGGCAAUUACUUCAAGCACGUCGCGGUGAAGCUGAACAACCGCUGCUUAUAAAUACAAAAAUAAUUGAAACGGAACUCAAUAUACCUGAGGGAUGCAAGUCAUGGGAAACGACUCCGAUUGACAGUGAAUUGCAAGCUGAAUUAGUUUAUUUGACUUCAACGUCGAGCAGUGCUACUGACUUAAGUGAAAGAGGUGACAUUUCUGAUACAGAUGAAGUUGAAGAUACAUCCGAAGACACAGAAACGAAUUCACUUUUGGAAAAUAUUUCCGUUCCGUCUUUAGACAACAUUGAGAGCAUCAUUGACAUGCCAAUUGAGAUGAAAAAUCUUCGACAAUCUCCAAUUUUUUCUUCUGACUUUUAUCAAGAGAUUAAUGAACAGAAACUUCCUGAUAUUCUUGAAGAAGAUGAAGAACAAGCACCAAAGUCUCUUGAAAUCAUUGAAAGUCAAAAGCAAAUAGAAGAUGUUAAUAAAGAAUUGCAUCAGCUUUCAACAGAACAUGAAGAAAUGCAGACAAAGCGAAAGAAAACAGAAGUAGAAGAAAAAGUCGUCAUUGAAGAAGACACGACAACUGAAAUGGUCGUCCCUGAAACUAUUAGUGAUAUCUUAAAAGAUAAGAAAAAUAAUUCCACUGAUAAUGAUAAAGAACAACGAAUAACGCCAACAUUAUUCAAACGGAAAAGCUCGACAGAUUCUUCAUCGUCAGCUAACAGUCAAUGCACAAUAAUAAGACAAAAUAGCGGAGCUAAUGAACAGCAAACCCAACUUGUAGAUCCAUUAGCUGAUUUGUGCAUGCAAUCGUUACAUAAAAGCGGAAUAAUGUUAAAUGACAUUAAUGAAGCUAAAAUUAUAAUUCAAAAGAAGCACAAUAGUUCAUCGCGAAAUGCCCCACAGAUCCCAGUAAUCAAUGAACUCGAGUUACAUUACGAAUGCGAUAAAAAAGUGAAUGAAGGCUGUGAGAACAACAAAGAGAAAGUCAUAACAAUAUUGCAAGUGCCUCCAGAAAUUAACAGUUCGUCAUCUUCAUCACCUUCACCAGAGAAGCAACGUUGGUUAGGCUUACAAUCAUCACAAAUUCCAAAUCUCCUUGUAGCUCUCUCACCAUUGCAAAAAUCUUACAUCGACACUCAAGAUUCGAAAACGAAUGCUGAUAUAUUAUUAGAUAUGCAUAAAAAGUUUGUUGAACGACGCGCGUAUCACGAAACUCACGAUUCGGAAAUAGUCGAAAAUAGCAGCAAUUCUCGCCAAAUGAUCACUUCAACAUUGAAUGAAAGUCAUUUGGAGAGCGUCAAUCAGUUGGAAGACGGUUAUUUUGGUGAUCGUGAAAAUUCAGUCGAGAGAGAACCUCCAAAGUCGAAACGAAAUUCGGCAGAAAUUAAGGAGAAUUCAAGUGAAAUUGAAGUUGCAAGUGUUGUUGAUAAAUGUGAUAGUAAACGAGAUGAAAAGGAGCAUAAAUUGACGGUGAAAAGUGCGGAAAAUGCAAUCAGCAUGAAUUCGAUUCGAAAUCUUCUUCUUCGUGAAGAGUUCUUCAAAGAUUCGUUUAACAAAAUCAAGCAAAUUGAUAAUAGUUCGUCAGACAACAACAAUGGAGGGUUUGCGGUUAAAAAAUCUGAAUUGGAGAAAGAAUUAAAGCAGCUUGAUGAUGAACGUCGAGAGUUGGAAGAAGAAUUGAAGAAUCUCUAUUCGUUACAACACUUCAAACGAGAAGAGCUUCUUUUUAAUGAGAAGAAGUUGGAAGAGAAGAAGAAACCAGAAGAUGAAAAUCGCCUCUCAUUCGCAUCAUCCAAGCAUUCAAACGAUGAUUUCAACGAGUUUGUUAAUUCGAAUGAAAAACUGCAUCAAGAGCUUUAUAAUGAGUGGCAAGAUAAAGUUCUUGAACGUUACGAACGUAAAUUGCAAAAGACAAUCAAAUUAACAUCAAUUAAAGAUUCGAUUCAUCGUCAUGAUGAUCCGUUAGAGCGAGCGUCGAGUGAAAUAUUAAGAUUUGUUCCAUUGGAGAGUGAAUUCAUGACGAAGUUGAAAGAACGUCAAAAGCGUUUGUCGCUUCCGAUUCAAACUGAACAUAAUAGCAGCACUGAGUCACUUCAUCAUCAAAAUGAAGAAAUUGAAAAAACGAACAGCGCACCAACAAUCCCCGCACACCUUCACGAAUUCUUAAAAUAUUACGAAGAAGAAAUUGCGCAAAGCAAACAUUCUGACGAGAGUGGUGAGUCAAAGCAAACAUUAUCCAAACCGUUGAUUAUUGGUUUGAUUGGUUUGUCAAUGUGCCUUUGUGGAUAUCUCAUUGGCAAAUAUUUAAUAACACAAAAACCGAAACUAUUUUAAGUAUCUGGUCAGAGUGCAAUAGAUCAGAAGACUCUAUAGACGGACUUAAGAAGUCAGAUUCUCCACCGCCACCUGUUUGGGUACCGAAAUCAGCGCCACAAUCACCAUCGGUUGAUAGAAAAUUUCGACCAGUUCCAUUUGAAUCUCCGACAUUACCGCGAAAGAAAAUCGUUGCGAACGGCACAACGCCACCGCCUUGGACUCAACCAAACUAUCCUGAGAAGCCUUAUCAGCCUUCAAUUAGUAAAAGCAGCAGUUGGAACGCAAUUUCGACACCGAAACAAACUCACUCAAACUACAUAAUCUACAGGAAGGCGAGAGCUGCUGAUCAAAUUAAUGACAAAGUCGAGAAAAGCCUUCAAAAUUCAUCGUCACAAAAGGAAAAAUCAAUAACGUUCAAGACAAAACCUUUAAGUCCCGUCAAGUCAAAUGAAUUAGUUUACUCCAUUAAACGAGAUUUUAAUAGCGAAACCAAAGACAGUAAUUUUGACGAUACGAGAAGAAUGACAUCAACAGCUCAACCAAAGAAGGUCGUCGACGGCGUAGGCCCGACAACCCAUGAAGGAAUGCCACUCUCAUUGCGAUCCGAAGUUCGAGAUAUGAGCCGUGACGAGUGGUACAAAAAGAUGUACAAUACAAUUCAUAAAGCCAAAGAUGACGACAAUUAUGUGACAGUCAAGUACACAACACGACGAGGAAUUCCAUACAAAUCCAAUGGAUAUGCUUCCGAGCCUGAAGCAAAUUACGAUUCUGAUUAUGUUCACAAAUAUUACAGCGUUGAUAGAAAACGAACAACAUCAACGAGUAACCAAAACGAUGAGAAAUAUGGUUCCUAUGACCAGCCCGUGAAGCAGAAUGUUGGACAAUAUAAAAUUCAACCGGGAAGAAUUGAAAACUAUACACCCGGAAAUUCAUCUGUCUCGGAAAAAGAAGCGAAACAGUGGUGGGAUGAUGUAAUGGAAAUAUUUGACGGGCAUCUUGAGCAACAAAAAUUGGCUUCUUCUAAUUACACGCAAGGGAAUCUUUCAAGGGCACUCAAAGACCAAGGAUACCAAAGUGAUUCAACACUAGUCUUCAAAAAGCGAGGUGAUGUUAAUCAACUAAGUCCAGUUGACCAGAAGCAGGCUUAUAUGGCUGUUCAGCAAGGUGGUGAAGUGCCAUUACAUGGUUUCCGUAAACCAUUACCGGAAAAGCCAAAAGUUGAUUCAGUUGUUCCCCCUACACCACCCCCUUUACCCACUAAGAAUAAUUAUUAUCACUUAAGCGGCAAUAAUUCAGACUCUCAAAAAAGGUACGUCGAAAAUGAUGUGAACAUUCAUUACAAAGUUCCCGUUCGAUAUGAGUAUAAACAACCCAUCCCUGAAGAGGAGUUGGCCUAUCAACAAGCUGAACAUAUGAAGAAAGUUUAUCAAGAGGAACGUCGUCGAAAGUAUUUACAAGAACUUCAAGAUAUGAGCAGUCGUAGACACACUGACAACUUUACACCAUCACAAAAAUCACCGAUUUCACUUAAUCGUUAUGACAACUUUGGUCUUGAAUUGCCGACGUCAAAAUCACCUGUUAAUUUACCAGGAACAAUAGGAAAAGCUCUUUUCAGCUUUCAGGGACAAUCUGCUAGAGAACUUUCAUUCAAGAAAGGAGACAUAAUUUAUAUUCGACGUCAAAUUGACAGAAAUUGGUAUGAAGGUGAACACAAUGCAAAUGUUGGACUUCUACCUGUCCAAUAUGUAGAUAUUAUAUCAAAUGAUGGAACACGACCAAUUGUUGUCAACAGAAAGACAACAGAAGGACAAGCAAGAGCGAAAUAUAAUUUCGUUGCUCAGUCCGAUAUUGAAUUGUCAUUAAACAAAGGAGAGUUGGUGUCGUUAACACGACUAGUCGAUCACAAUUGGUUUGAGGGACGAAUUGGAAAUAGAAAAGGAAUUUUUCCCAUCUCAUAUGUCGAUGUUUUGCUGGACAUUGGAAGCGAUGAAUUAGAAAACAAUGUUUUAUCAACAACAACUACGACACUCACAAAGCAACUGCUACCAUCAUCAUCAUCACCAAUAACGCCAACUUCUGACGUUGUUCGUGAGACAAAAACUAUUCGAAAAACAGAAGUUUUACAUGUUGACACGGCUAAUGAGCCCAUUUCUUAUCGCGCAAUGUUUAACUACCGACCGGUGAAUUCCGACGAACUCGAGCUGCGUGAAGGCGAUACUAUUUAUGUUUUAGAGCAGUGCGAUGAUGGCUGGUAUGUUGGCACCAACUCUCGAAAUGGUUUCUUCGGAACCUUUCCCGGCAAUUAUGUCAAACGUGUUUAUUAGAUUUUAACUUAAAUGCAACCGAAAGAGAGUGUCACGUGUUCAUUUUAACUCUUGAUAUAAAAAAAUGUUAUUUUCUAAAUGUUUAUGUUCUUGUUGUUGAUGAAAAAAAGUUUUUCUUUUGAUGCAAUUUAAAGUCUCCAAAAAAAAAUAUGCAAAGCACAAUUUCUUCACGUAAUUAAAGAAAGAAGUAAGAGGAAAAAUAUUUAUUUAAUAUUAAAACUUAAUGAACUAAGAAGACAACUUGCAAUCCCAAAACAAAAUGUUUCUCACCUUUUCUCACCAAAAACAUUAAUCGAUAUUGCAACAUUAACAUUCAGUACAAACCAUGAUGAAAAAGAAGAAAGAAUUUUGUUGCAAAGGAAAUAUUAAUGAGAGAUUAUUAGAAAUUAUAUUUUGGCGCAUUAGAAAUUUUUGAAAAUUCAAACUUUACCAAUAUUUAGUCUCGAAAGUGUGCUUAAGAAAUGUCCCUGAAAGAUUAAGAAAUAAUUUAUUGUGCCUAUAGAAAGAAGUUGCCUAAAUAAACCGGAAGUUUUAUAAAUGUAUUAAACAAAGCAAAAAGAGAGCGAAUCUAGUUUGUAAUUGCCUAAACAGCUAGUCACGUUUUCAAAACUAAAAAAAUGCCGUCAUUCAAUUUCUAACUCAUUUAGAAAAGUUUUGGUAAAAAUUAAGAAAUUUUAUAAGAAAAUAUUUGUCAUUAAAUAUGCAUGCAGUGCCUUUCACAACUGGAAUUGCCUUCACACCACAAAAAUGUGUGUGAAAGUUUUGUAAUAAUUUCGAGAAAGCCACAAAAGAAACAGAAAAGUUCUCACCAGCCAAUUUAUGAUAUGCAACUUUCUUCUUCCUUAAAUAUUAUGAAAUCAAUGCGACUAAUUGAUACUAAAAUCACAUGAAAAUAAAAUAAAGAAUAACUCGUAAAAUACAUAACA